GCCAACAAGGAAAAACAAAACCCUAGCGCCUUCUUAUUUAAAGCCUAUCUUAAAACUCUCAAAGCCAGAGCUCGACGGCGGAGGAAGCUCGCGACUCAAAUCACCCAGGGAGGAGCAGAAAUGGCGGUCCCGUUGCUGGACAAGAAGAUCGUGAAGAAGAGGGUCAAGAAGUUCAAGAGGCCCCAGAGCGACCGCAAGAUCUCCGUCAAGGAGAACUGGAGGAGGCCCAAGGGUAUUGAUUCUAGGGUUAGAAGAAAGUUCAAGGGAUGCACCUUGAUGCCCAACAUAGGUUAUGGAUCCGACAAGAAAACCCGUCACUAUCUCCCCAAUGGCUUCAAGAAAUUUGUGGUACACAAUGCGAGCGAGCUCGAGUUAUUGAUGAUGCACAACCGGACUUACUGUGCCGAGAUUGCUCACAAUGUGUCAACGAAGAAGCGUAAGGAGAUUGUGGAUCGGGCUGCUCAGCUAGACGUUGUCGUCACGAACAGGCUUGCCAGGUUGCGUAGCCAGGAAGACGAAUGAAAGGCACACUGCGAAUUUGGAUCGUAUAUGUUCUUGUAGUGUUGAAGAGAGUUGUACUUCCCUUCUGUCUUCUACAGUUUUCGUUUUCUUGUUUCUUGGAUCAACCGAAGUAUUUAUGGCAUGUGUUUCUUUCUUGUCUUAUUUUGUUUAUGAAACACAACUUUGCUUCUUUUUUUGUUUGCUUCA